UGUUCCGGAGGCGGAGCGGCAGGGCGCAGCCUGUGCGGGUGGGCGCGGUGACCCGCAGCCUUUGGCUCGCAGCGGGACGUGUGCCGGGGACCACUGUCCAAGGAUCGGGCUACUGAGGGACAUCUGCCUCAGUUUACCCCCUCACCGUCCGGUGAAAUCCCUGCAGCGCCUUGGGGAAAACCGUUCUGCUCCGCGAGGGAAACAGAGCCGUUGACCAUGGUUGCAACGGGCAGUUUGAGCAGUAAGAACCCGGCCAGCAUUUCAGAGUUGCUGGACGGUGGCUAUCACCCUGGGAGUCUGCUAAGUGAUUUCGACUACUGGGAUUAUGUUGUCCCUGAGCCCAACCUCAACGAGGUGGUAUUUGAAGAGACCACGUGCCAGAAUUUGGUUAAGAUGUUGGAAAACUGUUUAUCCAAAUCGAAGCAAACCAAACUGGGCUGCUCCAAGGUCUUGGUCCCUGAGAAACUGACCCAGAGAAUUGCUCAAGAUGUCCUGCGGCUCUCCUCCACGGAGCCCUGCGGCCUUCGGGGUUGUGUGAUGCACGUGAACUUGGAAAUUGAAAAUGUGUGUAAAAAGCUCGAUCGGAUCGUGUGUGAUGCUAGCGUGGUGCCCACCUUCGAGCUGACACUCGUGUUCAAGCAGGAGAACUGCUCGUGGACCAGCCUCAGGGACUUCUUCUUCAGCAGAGGUCGCUUCUCGCCGGGCCUUAGGCGAACUCUGAUCCUAAGCUCGGGAUUUCGGCUCGUUAAGAAAAAACUGUACUCUCUGAUUGGAACGACGGUCAUUGAAGAGUGCUAAGGAGGAAAAGCAAUUAAAGGUUCCUAAUGAGUGGAUAAUAAACCUCUAAAGCUAUUCAGUCAGUCAUUUGUGGUUUGCCUGCCUGCCCUCACCAAGAACUCCCAGAUCUAGGCCAUCUUCCUUCUGUGUCUCUAGCCCAUAGCAACCCUACUUCAAAGGCUGAUUUUUUUUUUUUUUUGGCUUUUAAGACAUAAUCCAAGAGAGCAAAUUGUCCACAUAAGUGUCCGUAUAGAAUGGGAUGGAAUAAGGAAGAAAAAGAAGCAAGGCACUGCAAUUUAAUAUUCGGUCUCGAAUUUAACAGUUAGUCUGGGUAACAGAACAAAAAGACACACUUGACCUAAUUCGGCUUUCAUUUGCCUAGGGCUUGUUGUUGUUGCUCUCUCUCUCUCUCUCUCUCUCUCUCUCUCUCUCUCUCUCUCUCUCUCUCCUCUCAGAGUGAUCUUCUCAAUGACAGGAUCUUACCAGAUGAUGUCCAGCCCAUCAAAAUAUCCAGAGAUCCAAACCACCAGCUUCCUACUCGAAUUUGAAGAGGUCUUACACAAGAGGGUACAGUUAAAUCGACGGGCUUAAUUAAAAUGUCACCUUACCUAAGAGUGAAUAAAUAUCACAGUAACAAGAUCACGGCCUCCCUGCUUGCUGUUCUCCCCACACCCGUGCCCAAGAGACAAACGGUUUCCAUGGUAUUUUAAUGAUUACGGCACUACUUCCAAUGCCUUUGGAGGAUCACGUCAGCUCAGUUUUCCUAGUUCUCAGCUGUUGAAUGUUGUCAUACCUUCUUUAGCUAGAGCAAGAGAAAUGGCGCACAGGCCUUGUAGGCAUGUCGUUGAUGUGGCUGAGCAAACAGUGAUUUCCCACCUAUGAAGACGGAGAAGGGGAAGCUCAGAUCCCGCCCUGGGUCGCGUCCACUUGAUAACAUUGCUGCUUUAUGCCAUUAAGAUGCUCUGUCCCUAGCGAAGCAUCUCACCCCAUCGCGGUGGCUCAUCUCCGGCAUCUUCUGGGAACCGGACCACCUUUCACUAACUUCGCACUUCUUAAUUGUCGAUGUGUUUUAUAUUUGCAGAACCCGAUUUGACUUUGAGAUGUUGCUGCUGCUAAAGAUACGAAAAUCCUGUAAUAACUUAAGACAACCACCGCACACACCCAGCCUCAGCCCACCUUACAUGCCCGCUCCUAGGAAACAAUAAAUGCUUCAUUCGGUUGGCUUUUGCCUUAUGAGUUUCUGUUUUUAUGGCCAUGAGGUAAUUUACCCUCCACAUUGUUCUGCUCUAUCCAGCAGGGUCUUAUCAUCCUUGGGUCAUGGAAAGAGGUAUAUUCAGGUCUCCUGCCCCAGCCUCUAGUACGAGUUCAUAAACAUCAGCGCCAGCAUGACUGGGACAGAUGUCCUCAACCUGGCCUUACACAAACAAGCCUGAUGCAGUUACUGGUCUUGCAGGGGGCCUGAGACAUCACUGCUCCAGUGAGCAUGUGUUCUAACAAACUGUACACUUUGGAUGCUGGGACAGACACCACAAAGUCUCCACAGGACUGGGCCUGUCGGCAAAUCCCUGCUGUUUUGUAGGCUUGUGGAUGUCCAGGGUUCUGAAGGCCACUGUGCUUCUGUAGCUGCUUGGAGACAUCACCCAGGAGGAUGCUGAGGCUUCACAGGCACUGACAUAGAUCCUUUUCCCACUAGCAGCUGUUACUGGCUCUCUUGCCCAUUUCAAUUACAAAACAAUGAUGGCUCAAAGAGGCUCUUACAAUGAUAUUCCUGUUAAAACAAAAUUAAGUCUGCCUAUUUUUUACAAUAAAACAUUAUACGUUUUUAA